AUGGAAACCGUACAAGCAUCAAUCAUAUCGCUGCACAGUGAUCUUAAAACUACAAGUUCACUGCAAAGCAAUAUCAACAAACUUCAAAUACCAAAUAUUCCAGAUGAGUACAUUAUCAUUUUGGAUGAACACGCGCAAGUUAUCUUUACUAGUCAAUACACAUCUGAUCAAAUUAUACGGGGAAUUCAAAACUGGGAAAUACUUCGCAAAUUCUUCUGUGAUGAUUCAAACGUUGAUAGUGUAGAAAACAACAUUUCUCAGUAUAUCCUACAAACUGUGCGGCAACUAACGCCAAAACAUAUGACUGAAUUUAUGCUCAAGCUUUGCAAAUAUCGCGCAGCCUACAUUGAUGAUCUCUUAGAUCAACUCAUGAAGUUAUUUCCCAAUCAAAUCAUUGUUGAAAACGAGGCGGGUAGCCGAGAUCCUGAGUCUGAUUAUGAUAUUCGCUUGGCUUCGACCGAUGGAACAUUGGCACUUGCCAUCUGGUAUCGUUUUCGAUACUAA